AUGGCGUUCGGUAUUCUGGAGGACUAUCAUAUGGAGGUUGUUCCUGGCACGGCGCUUCUGCGAGACCAGUCCAACAACCUUCCAGACCAGCUAACCGCGGUGCCCGCUGAACGACUCAAGCACGGAACAGGACGUUUCGCACAUGUUGUAUUGGUUCCACAGCCUUCCGACUCACCUAAUGAUCCCCUGAAUUGGCCGACCUGGAAGAAAGACUUGAUCCUUUUCAUCGUAGGCAUCAAUGCUGGAAUUGUUGGCGCAUAUGGCCCAAUGCUCGGUCCCGGUUUUGUUCCCAUUGCAGCAGAGCUGGGCAUCACGGUCGAGACACUGUCGCAUGCUACAGCAUGGCUCAUUCUGACGCUCGGGCUAUGUGUCUUCCUUUUCAAUCCUCUGGCCAAGAUCUACGGCAAGCGGCCCAUCUAUGUUGCAACAAGCGCGAUCUUGUUUGUCGUUAGCAUUUGGGGCGCUGUUGCAGACACUUACCCCAGCUUUUUGGGUUCGCGUAUUCUAGGCGGCAUGGGAAUGGCACCUUACGAAGUGCUUGUUCAAGCCACCAUCAGCGACCUAUACUUUGUGCAUGAGCGAGCCACCCGCUUGGCAGUGUGGAACCUCUUCCUACUCUGUGGCAUCUGUGGUGCUGGUUUCAUCUCUGGCUACAUCAUUGAAGACCUUGGCUACAAGUGGACGUUUGGGGUCUGCGCAAUCUUGUUCGGUGUAUUCGGCAUGGGCAUUCUGCUUCUGGUUCCGGAAACGGCGUACAUUCGACCAACUGUGACUGCUGAAAUUCUAGCAGCGAGAGCGAAUGGAGACGACGAGAAGGCCGACGAAAAGUCGCACGGCCUGCACAUCGAGUUCCAAGAAGAGAUAACGUGCAGCGCAUUGACUGGCAAUGGAACAUCACCAGAUGCUGCCAUUGAGUCCAAGAUGUCGUACGUCAAGUCGCUACGACUGCUGAGUGGGCGAUACACGAAUGCGGCAUUGUGGAAGAUCUUUGCCAGGCCCUUUCUCAUGUUCUUCUACCCCAGCGUCCUCUUCGCAUUCCUGGUCUUUGGCCUCACAUUGACGUGGAUCGUGGUGUUCAGCGUUGUCAAUGGCGUGCUUUUCACGGCGCCUCCUUACAACUUCUCCGUCAGCCAAGCGGGUCUGACGUCUCUCUCGCCAUUCAUCCUUUGCAUCAUCGGCGAAGUCGUCAGUGGACCAUUGAACGAUUGGUUGUGUUUGCGCCUCGCAAAGGCCAAUAAUGGGAUAUACGAGCCGGAAUAUCGACUUGUCUUGAUGGUUGUCGUUGUUCUCACUGGGACCGUGGGCUUCUAUGGCUUCGGAGUGACGGUGCACUACGAGACACACUGGACAGGCCCGGUCUUGACGUAUGGCUUGGCGAACAUGAGCCUCGCAUUUGCGACCACCUGCUGCUUUGGCUACGUCUUGGACUGCUACCCCAAGUUGGCCGAGGAAGCAUUCGUUGCCAUCAAUGCCCGCAACCUGGUGACAUUCGGAUUGACAUACUUUGUCAACACGUGGUUGGCCGAAGAUGGAGCACUGGCGGUGUUCAAUGUGCUGGGAUCGUGCUUCCUGGCGGUCUGCGCCUUGACGGUGCCACUUUGGAUAUUCGGCAAACGGAUCCGGUCGUGGACGGCGAGGAAUGAGUGGUUGAACCAGUUCAUGAAUGAUAUGUGA